GCGCAAAAGCGUUGCUUUACGGCGAUUCGAGUUGUCGCGUCAAGCAGGCUAUUCUGGGUAUUUGGCUGCUUGUCCCCGCACGUGGGCCGCUGUAGGUAUUCCGGCCGAUAAUUCCUCCUGUUGGUGUGCAGCAGCCACGCUGAAAGACAGAGUGGCAGCAGAGGCCAAGGAUCGUGAGUUGAUGGAGUUUGCUGCUGAAAACGAAGGGAAGUCUGGGGGAGGCCUCCAAAGUGUAGCUGAGGGGGUGCGGCUAAGUCCAGAGUCUGGUAGGGAGGGAGUCAGGGACUUAGCAGGGGCGGAGGAGGCCGGCGGCGGAGAGGAGAGGAAAGGACUGACAGGGAUGAAGAAGAUAAGGGAUGGAGAGGAAGGAAGUGGGCAAAGGCCAGAGGAAAUAUCGAUGGACCUAACGGUAGUGAAGGAGGAAAUUAUGGACUGGCCAGAUACCGCAGGCAGGUUAGCUGGCCAGUGGGUAAAACAGGAGGUGGAGGAUAGGCCUGAGGUGAGGGAUGAGAACGCAGGCGUGUUGGAGGUGAAGCAGGAGACGGAUAGUAGUUUGGUGAUAAAAGAAGAGAAAGUGGAUGACCCAGAGGUAAAGGAAGAGAAGGUGAAGGAAGAGGUAAUGGACUGGCCAGAAGUGAAGGAAGAGAAGGAUAACUUGCAGAUAAAACGGGAGGAGAAGUUUGUUGGUCAGUGCAUAAAAGAGGAGAUGAUGGAUGGAGAGUGUGUAAAAGAAGAGAAGAAAGAAGCCGUGGAUGAUACAAAGGUGAAAGAAGAGCCUCCAGUAAAUCACCUGGUGGGCUGCAAGCGGAAACUGGCCAUGUCAAGGUGUGAAACGUGUGGUACAGAAGAAGCAAAGUACAGGUGUCCACGUUGUAUGCGGUAUUCCUGCAGUUUGCCCUGUGUAAAGAAACACAAAACAGAACUGACAUGUAAUGGAGUUCGAGAUAAAACUGCAUACAUUUCAAUACAACAGUUUACUGAAAUGAAUCUCCUAAGUGAUUAUCGUUUUUUGGAAGAUGUGGCAAGAACAGCGGACCAUAUUUCUAGAGAUGCUUUUUUGAAAAGACCAAUAAGCAAUAAACAUAUGUACUUUAUGAAAAAUCGUGCCCGAAGGCAAGGUAUUAAUUUAAAACUUCUACCCAACGGAUUCACCAAGAGGAAGGAGAAUUCAACAUUUUUUGAUAAGAAAAAACAACAGUUUUGUUGGCAUGUGAAGCUCCAGUUUCCUCAAAGUCAAGCUGAGUAUAUAGAAAAAAGAGUACCAGAAGAUAAAACUAUUAAUGAAAUCCUAAAACCUUACAUUGAUCCUGAAAAGUCUGAUCCUGUAAUUCGUCAAAGGUUGAAAGUUUACAUUCGCUCUCAGACUGGAGUUCAAAUUUUAAUGAAGGUCGAAUAUAUGCAGCAAAAUUUAGUAAGAUAUUAUGAACUAGAUCCUUAUAAAAGUCUCCUAGACAAUUUGAGGAACAAAGUGAUCAUUGAGUAUCCAACAUUACAUGUGGUAUUGAAAGGAUCCAAUAAUGACGUGAAAGUUCUUCACCAAGUGAAAAGUGAAUCUACCAAGAACCUUGGCAAUGAAAAUUGAGCGCUUUUUCUGGAAGAAUAUGAAAAUUUACAGAGAAUUGCAGCAGACUCUGCAUUGAUGAGCUGUUGGAUGAUUGGGGUAUUGUCAGUGGGUGAUUGGAAUUUUUUGUUUGUAUGAAAAAUAAUCUAAACUUUUUUUAAAAAUGUGUUUUAUAGCCUCUUGAAUUAAUUGACAUGUAAGACCCCUUUACUCAUUUUAAAAACUCACCUUUGCACUUGAUCAGUGUAGUACUUACUAGGCCCUGGCUUUUAAUAUGCUUAAUUCCAUAAACUGAAAGGUGUUUUUUUUCCUUUUUCUUUCUUUCUUUAUUUCAUUCUUUUUUUUUUUUAGAUGGGGUCAUGGAGUGCAAGUGGUACGAGCAUAGCUUCCUUAAACUCCUGGGCUCAAAUGAUCCUCCCAACAGGCUUCUACCAGGCUAAUAUUUUUUGUUUUUGGUAGAGACAGGUUUGGCUCUGUUGCCCAGGCUGGUCUCAAAUUCCUAGCCUCAAGCAAUCCUCCCACCUCAGCCUCCAAAGCACUGAGAUUACAGGCAUCAGCCACUACACCUAGCCUUAAAAACUUUUUUAUUUGUUAAUUUGAUGUAUGACCAAACCCAAGGAUCACCUGUGUCAACCACAGAGUUGGCAUUCUCUUUAGUAGAACCUCAUUAAACAGAAAGGCUGUACAACGCACUGUCUAGCCACAGGCGAAGAACUAGUCAUCCAUCAGUUGCCCUUUCUUAUCUUUAGAGUUCAUAUGUAACUUACCCUUGUGAGACAGCUUUUCUACUUGAGAAACUCCUAGUACAAUGUCUGGACUAAAAGCCUGAAUAAAUACUAUCAACUACUGUUUCUUAUAUUCACUUCAGAAAAUCAGUGGCUCCACAUUGUUUGAGCCAUUCAUCUACUUAUUCAAAUCUUACGAAUUCUGUGCCUUUCAUCACAUUCCCAGUCCACUCUCAUCAUUACUGCAGAAGGGUGUGUGAUGGUCAGUUUUAUACUGUAUUUUGAUAUGUCUAGCAAUAACUUUUAAAAAAGUAGGAAAUCAACAUGUUAUUGGGAUGUAUAUGUACAUUUUAAGGUAUAUACACAGCUUAAUUUAUACGUUAUGGCAGCUCUGUAUACAGUUUGAUCUCACAUACUGAAAAAUCUUAAUUUUAUUGGAGUUUAUAUCACUAUGAAACUGCAAUAAGAGUAUAAGAGAGUAAAAGAUUGUUACAUCUGUAUUAUAUGUGUAUACUUAAUGGUUAAAAAGCAAUGAUAAAAUUGGACAUUAAUGAAAUUCAUUUUAGUUUAUAGUUGGAAUAAGUUUUUUGCCGAAAAGAAACCAGAGAUGUUAGUUAAGGAGACCUUGAAAUAUGAAAAGAUAAUGAGAAAAUGAGAAUUUGUAGAACACAAGUAUAACUUGGGGUAGAAAUUGGAGAAGAGAAUCGAAAAACAGUAAUGCCGGAAAGACCCUUGGUAUAAAAGUAGUAGUGGAAAUGUGAUUCAUAGAAAGUUCAUAGAAAGUGAGGCCUUGAAAUUUGAGAAAUAUACAUAUAUAUAAUCUCUAAAGCAACUUCAGGAAUCUUCCCCUAAUACAUGAUAAAGAAUUUGUGUAGAAUUAUGUUUUUCACAAUAUUACUGGAGAGACAAUUAAAUGAGAUUUCAAGGAAUUCAUUUAUAAUCUAAAGAGAAAUGUGCCUUCUUGAAACCAGCAGGAAAUAGAUGAAUUGAGUGAAACAUGUCAUAGAAUUGUUAUUAGGAAAAGUGGGAUAAAGUGUACAAAAAGAACGUGUGAUCUGAAUAUCAGGGUGGAUAGGAAUUUCCUGACAGUGAAAUCUGUUAUGAUGCAGUCUCAUUUCCAAGAAAAGUAUUGAGUUCCGUCCCUUCUGAAUUUAAAUUGAAAACUAGACAAAAAACAAAAUAUCCUGUACUUUCCACUGCUGAGGAGGAAAAAAGAAAUUUACAUCAUCUAAUGCAUCUUUGCCAUCUUUAUUUUCUAGAAUUCUAUUAGAAUUUUCAAUUAUAGGCUUUCUUGGGAAAGAAUAUAACUCAGAAUUCCCCUAAAUUUAACUUUCAACUUAUUUGAUUAAUAUGCAUAUUUAUUGCCAUAAGAUUUACAAUACACAUGUGUUUUAGUGAAUUACCAAUGGCUUGGAGGGUAUGGAAUUGGAAUAAACUGAAAGCCCUAGACGUUUGUAGCAUUAAGACCCAAUUUCUUUUUGGAGGCCCUCUCCAUGUUAGAUUAUUGACAAAUUCUGAUGAGUAAACAAACCCCUUGACCCUUGUUAAGUUCAGCAUCCUGCAUUUUGUUCAUAAAUCACAUCUUAAAAGGAGAAAAGCUCCACUUGGUUUUAUUUUUUUAAGCAAUGAUUUCAAAGAUAGGCCUUUCAUAAUUGCUAAUUAUACAUAUGGGAUUAAUAGUAGUAAAUUAUAGUAAAUAACACUUGUACCUGUGCCUAUUAUAAAUAUGAAUUAGCCAGGCACAGUGGCUCAUGCCUGUAAUCCCAGUACUUUGGGAAGUCGAGGAAUUUUUGAGACCAGCCUGGCCAACAUGGCAAAACCCCGUCUCUACUAAAAAUACAAAAAUUAGCCAGGUGUAGGGGCAGGCACAUGUAAUUUCAGCUACUCAGGGAGCUGAGGUACGAGAAUCACUUGAACCCAGGUGGCAGAGGUUGCAGUUAGCUGAGAUCAUGCCACUGCACUCCUGGGCACUGCCUGGGUGACAGAGUGAGACUCUGUCUCAAAAAAAAAAAAAUUGAAAAGUUAUUAAAAAUAGAUAUUUAAUAUUUCAAACUGUAUUGAGCCAGUUUGUUUUCAUGUAGCAAGUAGUGGGAUUCAGGUUUCAUGACAUAUAAUAAAAUGUUAAUCACAUAACUAUAAUGCCAACAGUUUUCUUUAUACAUUUCUGCUUAAUUAGGUUGACAUAUACUUUGUGUUAUACCUGAAUUCAUGUUACUAAAUUUUACAUAAAGAUGCUGGUCUAUUUUUAUUUAAUCAUACACUGUUACAGUUUGGAUGUAGUUUGUUCCUACCAAAACUCAUGUUGAAAUUAGAUUCCCCAUGUGCUAGUGUUGGGAAGUAUUGGAAGGUGUUUAGGUCAUGGGGGCAGAUAGAUCCCACAUGAGUAAACUAAUGCCCUCCUACUGGGGUGAGUGAGUUCUCAUUCUUGCUGUCGUGGGAAUGGAUUAGUUCCCACAAGAGCAGGUUAUUGAAGAGUCUGGCUUCCUUGAUUUUCUCAUUUUUGCCUCCUCUCUUCCCAUGUGAUCUCUUUGCAUAUGCCUACUCCCCUUUCACUUUGUGCCAAGAGUGGAAGCAACAUGAGGCCCUCGCCAGAUAACAGCUGCCCAAUCUUGAACCUUCCAGCCAACAGAAUCAUGAGCCAAAUAAAACUCUUUUAAAAAAUAAAUUGCCCAGUGUUAGAUAUUCUGUUAUAACAACAUGAAAUGGACUAAGCCUUAUUCUAUUGCAUUAAAAUGUGUUGUUUAUUUUCAGGUAGAUAUAGUGAAGGAUGAUGAGUAACCAAUCAUUCUUCAUUUGCAAGUGACAGAAACUCAAAAUAGCGUCAGCAUGAAGGGAAGUCGUCAAAAGAAGUCAUCUUAUCAUUCUACACACUUGGCUCUGAUUAUUUUCUUUUUUUAUGGAUUGGUUUUUCUCUUCCAGGCAGAUUAUCCCCUUGGGGAUAUUCUGUUAGGGAUGAGGAGCAAUGAGGUGAAGAUGGUGGAUAACAACAAUUGACAGUUUAAGCUUACCUUAUCAUAGCAAGGUUCAAAGAUUUUAUAUAGCAAGCUAUGUAAAAUUUUGGAGAAGUACUUUGAUUUUGCCCAGAUUGGAUCACAUUUAUUUCCUGAGCUGAUCAAGAGAGGAAUUUGCCCAAGGGAUUGGGAAAUUUUUAGAAGAAAGCUGUAGGGAGCAGGUGAGGAAAGGUAGUUACUGAGAAUACAAAAGUAACACCUCCGUUGCAUCCUAUUUGAAAAUUAGUAGCAAGAGAUUUCUGAUUUGUACUAACAGAAAGAGUAAAGUUUAGAUUUAAUCUGUAACUCUUCAUUGUUUAUAGCUAGAGAUUUUAAUUUCUGCUUGUUCUCAUCGCUGCUUUUGAGUUGCCAUUAUGGGUUUUUGGAUUUUUGUUUUAAUGCCAUCCAUUUUUGUUUGACAUCAUGUUGCUCUUGGUUUGAGCAGAUGUACAUAGCAUAUGUUUUCAUUACCAAUUUGGAAAUUUUUCCCAGUGGCAUCAGCAUUUGAGAAAUGCUGAUUUUGAAAUUAGAGUACUAGGGGAAAAUGUUUCAAAAAUGAAGACUAUUUAAAUAAAAAAUUGCUUUAAAUAAAACUUUGGGGAUCUGUACUUGACUAAAAAGUAUUUUCUUUAAACUUUUGUCUUUGAAAACUAAAGUGUGUGUGCAUGUGUUCAUUAAAAUGACCUAUAACAUGAACAUUUUCCAUA